AACGCAUGCGCGCAUGAGUGAUUGUGGUGUUUCUGGUAUGUGCGCAGUUCAGCGCAGAUUAACAAUUUACGGACCUGUUGUGUGCUCUCUGAGAUUUUGCUUAAAAAAAAAUUACAAUUUUUGUAAUGCUUCGUACUUACGUUAACAAGAAUACGAAGAAUCUCGAAAGAAAUUGUGUGUGCGGUGUAUUUGUGAAAAUCAUAGAGAAUUAGUGCGCAAAAAUGCAGGAACAGCAACAUGACGCGGACACGUGUAAGGGCGAAUUUUACGUCGCGGCUGCGAAAUAUUGGGACCGCAUUCCACCCACAGUAGACGGGAUGUUGGGAGGAUUCGGAUUUAUCUCGCAGACUGACAUAAAAGGUUCCACACUUUUUCUAAAAUCUCUUUUCGAGUUAAAAAAUCCGCCUUCCAGAGCUUAUGCCUUAGAUUGUGGUGCCGGUAUCGGUAGAAUUACCAAGAAUUUAUUAAUGAAACAUUUUAAACGUAUAGAUCUAGUCGAACAAAAUCCCAAAUUUUUAGAAGUAGCAAAAAUCUCUCUGGAAAAAUAUUCGUCAAAAAUCGAUCAGUAUUAUCCUAUUGGAUUGCAAGACUUCUGCCCCGUAGCAAAUAAAUAUGAUGUUAUAUGGUGUCAAUGGGUAUUGGGACAUCUACAAGAUGAUGAUUUAAUAGAGUUUUUCAGGAAAUGCUCAUUGGGUUUAAAAAAUAAUGGUGUACUCGUGGUAAAAGAAAAUAUCACAAGUUCCAAUAAUUUGGAAAUUGACACGGAGGAUUCCUCUGUAACUAGACCAAUGAAAUGCUUGAAAUUUCUGUUUGAUAAAGCUGAUCUUAUUUGUGUUAAGGAACAACAACAAACUAAAUUUCCACGUGGUUUAUAUCCAGUUCAUAUGUUUGCUCUUAGACCAAAAAUUCAUUGUAGUGAAUUAGUCAAUGAUGCAUAGUGAAACAAAUCAAAUAUAUUGUUAUGCUAUUUGUUUUAUAAUGCAUUCUUAAAUAGAUAGAUUUGCUUAAAUUA